AUGGAUUCAGGAUUAAACACUAGUCAGAGUACUGAAUCUGAAGAUGCUGCUGAUAAUAACCACAUAAUUGCAGAGCCCGAGCCCGAGAAGCCUGAUCAAGAGGAGAUAUCGCGAAAAAGAAAAAGUGGCAGCCUUGAAACUCAGGAGUCUAAUCAGCCUUACCAAAAGAAGCCGAGGAAGAAGAGCUCUCGUUGCUGGGCAUAUUUGGACCAGGUUGAGGAAAAGAAUCAGAGGUUUGUAAUUUGUAAACUCUGCAAAUCGAAGAUGAAAUUAGGGAGUUCGGGCUGCACAACAACAUUAAACAGGCACGUUGAUAAAUGUAAGAGGACACAUGGACAGACAAGUCAAGCAACACUUCAGUUUCAACCGAGCGAUUCUGUCUCAUCAGAGGUAACACUUGGUAAUUUCAAAUAUGAUCAUGCUGAAAUGAGAAAAGUCAUUUCUCAUUAUAUUUUAGUAAAUGAAUUACCAUUUAGGCAUGUUGAAACCUUUAUGUUUGACAAGGUAAUGAGAACAGCUACGCCUUUUUGGCAGAAAAUCAGUAGGCAUGUUGUUAAAAAGGAUUGUGUUAGUACUUAUGAAAUUGAGAAAAAUAAAUUAAGAGAAAUGUUGAAAUCUGUUAGGAAAAUUAAUAUCACAACUGAUAUGUGGACUUCCUCACAUCAGAAAAUUGGUUAUAUGGUUGUCACGGGUCAUUGGAUAGAUUCUGACUGGAAGCUUAACAUGAGGGUCCUGAAUUUUUGUAAUGUCCCUCCCCCACAUAGUGGAUUUGUAAUUUCAGAAGCUUUGCUCAAAUGUUUUAAUGAAUGGGGAAUAAUUGAUAAAAUUGGGACAUUAACCGUAGACAAUGCUGCUGCAAAUGAUGUUGCGUUAAGAUGCCUAAAACAGACUUUUAGUGCUAGAAGGUCAUUAUCAAUUGAUGGAAAAAUGUUUCAUGCGCGUUGCUGUGCACACAUAUUGAACUUGUGUGUGCAGGAUGGGUUAGACCCAACACAGGAAAUAGUUGAUCAGGUAAGGGAUGGGGUUAAAUAUAUAGCAGCCUCGGAAAGUCGUAGAAUUAAGUUUGCUGAAAUAUCCAUGUCACUAGGCUUGAAGUGUAAAAAACUGAUUUUGGAUGUAUCAACUCGUUGGAACUCGACAUAUAAUAUGUUGUCAUGUGCAAUUGAGUUCAAAAAUGUAUUUCUUAUAUAUAGCACAGCUGAUCAGGGGUUUAGGGAUUAUGUUCCAAGUGCAGAUGAUUGGGAUAGAGUUGCUGGUGUGUGCUCCUUUCUUGAGGUGUUUUCCGAUGUCACGAAAGUUGUCUCUGGAACGGAGUAUUCGACUUCAAAUUUGUUUUUAUCAGAAAUAAGGAGAGUCAAGCAAAUAAUAGACAAAAAGGCAGUUGAUCAUAAUCUGCAUAUUCGAGAGAUGGCGCGAAAAAUGGAACUGAAAUUUGAGAAAUAUUGGGGGGAAACUAAUUUGGUAAUGUUGAUUGGUGCCGUCAUGGAUCCACGGUUUAAAAUGAAACUUCCGGCCUUUUGUUUUCCUACGCUUUAUCCAAUUGCAAGUGAUGCUGAAAAAAAUUUGUCUUAUUUAGCAAAUGCCUUAAAUGAUUUGUAUUUAGAAUAUUGCAGGGAAGACAAAGAAGCUAAUAAAGAGAGGUAUGAAUCAAGUGAAAUGUCUUCUUGUGAUGCAAAUUCUAUGUAUGAACAACGGGAAACACCCAAAGGCUUAAAUGAUUACGAGAGUUUUAUUCGGGAAAGUGGAGGUAUAAUUGAGCCCACAAAGUCAGAAUUGGAGGAGUACUUAAGUGAACAAAUUGUGGCUCCAAGUUCAAAGUUCGAUGUUAUAGCUUGGUGGAAAGGGAACUCUGCAAAGUAUCCUAUUUUGUCAAAAAUGGCAUCUGAUGUGUUAAGCAUUCCCAUUAGCAGUGUCGCUUCAGAGUCGACCUUUAGUGCUGGAAGUAGGGUAAUUGAACCGCACCGCUCCUGUUUGAAACCUGAAACCGUAGAAAUGUUGCUGUGCGGAGCAGAUUGGGUGCGUGAAUUGUAUGGACUGAAAAAAUCUAAAGAGGAGGACAAGGAAAUUGUGAUACAUUUGGACAAGGUAAUCUUCUCAAUUUUAUCCCAUAUUAAUUCAAGUUGUUUAGUACUGGAAGUCUGCCAUGUGUUCGUCUCCCAGCUAAAACAGGUUUUUGAGCCACUGCAGAUUGCAUAG